CGCAAUUCAUGCCGGAUGCUUCAGACUAAGGCAAGCUCUUGAAUGGGCGCGGCGGGUAUCAGACCCGUCUCUGAUCAUAAUGGGCUGCUAUUAUGCAUGCGCAGGGCAGUGCACAGAAGUGCUGAUGCAAGGCACCACCAGUCUACCAGUCCAGACUCCAGCGCAACGCCCACCUUGCCUCCGGCUGUUUGAGCGCCGUUGAUCGAUCAUUUGCUUUUCCUGAGGUGGGAGAGGAAAUUGCAACGCUAGGUAGAAGAGCAACAACGCCCGACAGCGGAUAGAGGCACAGAAGAAAGCCGUGGAGGAGGAAGAGACCCCCCUGCCAUUCGUCCACCUCGGUCCCUGAGAGUCUCAUUGUCCCCUCAUUCCGGUUGCUCUGGGUCACCCUCCCCAGGGCCCACCUUGCUCCCAAACGCUGCGCGGCCUCGCCAAAGUCUUCACCGAGCGCACAGACCGGAAGCAUCUUCACCUGGGAUCUGGAUGCCGCACACCGAGAGCACCGUCCAUCCUACACCGAAAACUUUUUUCCCAGCUCUCGGCCCCGCCACAUGCGCCGGGCGACCAAACUCAGGAAAACGUCAACGCAACAGCCUUGUCCAGCCUCGCAGACGCCAGUACUCCUCCACUCGAAGACUACGACGACGACGACCUGUACCGGAUUGCCCACACGAGACCGACACCAUGGGUGUUCAGAAGAAGACCAGAAAAUUUGGUGAAGUCAAGCGAGUCAUCGGCAAGAACGAUGCCCGGCGCAAGGAGAACCUGAAGAAGGCGGAAGAGGCCGAGCAGAAGGCGAAGCGUGAAAGAGGCGGUCCAGAUGGCGAGACCAUCGUCAGGGAGAUUCCCCAGGUCCCCUCCCAGAUGUUCUUCGAGAGCAACUCAAGUCUCGUGCCUCCCUAUGGCGUCCUCGUCGAUACCUCAUUCUUCUCUCGCACCGUUCAGAUGAAGUUGCCAGUAAUAGAAACCAUGAUGGACUGUCUCUACGCUACCUGCCACCCCAUCGUGACCGACUGUGUCAUGGCCGAGUUGGAAAAGCUUGGUCCCAAGUUCCGCCUUGCUCUCAGAGUAGCACGCGACCCCCGUUUCGAACGACACAAGUGCACACACAAAGGAGUGUACGCCGAUGACUGCCUCGUGUCCAAGGUGUCCAAAGACAGAGUGUAUCUCGUCGCAACCAACGAUAAGGGUCUUGUGUCUAGACUCCGUCGCAUACCCGGUGUUCCUAUUAUGAAGUGUGGACGUGGAAAGUACACCAUCGAGAGAUUGCCCGAUGCCCCGAUUUAAGCUUGGAUCAACGAUACAGGAGGGAUAUCACGGUCACCCCAACAGCGCGGGAGAGAACAUUGAGUCGCUUGAACGGUACGACAAUCGGACUGUCAAGCUGAAGAAAGGGCUUGAAUGCCGUGCUAGCUCAAUCUCCCGACAAGGAAAGGCGAUAUCAAAACCGUGGAAAUCGAGAAGAUCGCCGCAUCGAGUGGCGCGCCGAGCCCUGGAAAUGGAGCACGGCAAAGGAGAAGUAAAA